UUCUUUCGUAAACAUUAGAUGUCACGCUUAUUGUGUGUUCCUUGUCUUUACUUCUACGAGCACGAAUCGAGAGGAAGGAUCGUACCUCAUUAAGAUAUCGCUUAUCUCUUACCUACUUUAUCACAGAAAGGAUGUUUGGAACUAUGAGAUUACAUCUUUUGAGCGGUAGUCUCUUGAUCAUUUUCACUGGCAUUCUUGUGAUCGGCGCCGAGGAUUCUCCAACGUCCUUUGAGACUGUCCAUAACAGUAACGCAGCUAUCUUGAAUCGUCUCGGCUUGGCACCCCUUCAAAUCCCCGAUGGACAUCACAAGAAACGUUUAGCCGGUCCCGAACCGCCUGGAUUGAAUUCCCAGACACGAAUUCAUCAGGGUUACAGUCGUCGACACGGCCAUAGGGACAGUCAUAUUUACAUCGUCAAAUUACCAGCCAGUCCGCCGUACUACACGAUUACAAAACCUCACAAAACGUCUAAGGACGAGAAGAUAAUCAAAACGGGACCAAAUCUUCCAGUUGGUUUUCACGGUAAUGGCAAACCGGCGAAGAUCUAUCAUUGGAACUUACCGCUGGUUAAAAAGAUCACGGAGAAGAAGAGACUACAAGCGCAAAUAAGAAUGGAUCUUGCUAGAAAGAAACUCGAGGAUAGCAAAAAGCAUCAGCAAUCCGAAUUGAUUUCCAUCGAUAGAGCCAAUUCCGUGAUAGACAAUUCUCAUCGUCAAGAAACGGAAAAAAAGAAGAUUAUACCCCAUAAGGUUUCAGCAUCGAAGCAUAUAAGAAACAAUGAUAAGAGAUUAAAUUAUCCCGACGUAAUCGAUAAAAAAUCAGAUUCGACCAAAAUGACUAUGAAUAGUCUUGCGACUAAGACAUAUAGGCUCGACGAUUCCAAUAUGCAUAGAAUUCAUCUGAGUAAUGAAUUUCACGGCUCGAGGAACAACUUGUUGAAGGUGAAGAAACACCGAAAAAAGGCAGCAAUGUCUUAUUACGCGCCAAUCGCAAGCAAAACUGGCUCUACCAGCAUUCACAAGAAUUUCUCAGGAAAUGGAAAGCCUAAAGCGUUUUAUGUAAUGGAGAAAAGUCGUAAACCCGUCUAUUAUCAUCCUCUGCUUCCUUAAUCUCCAAAAUUGUUCUUCGCAAAAUCGUGCACAAUCCAAGAACGACUUGAGGUGUCUGUGUUAACUAUAGUAGAUUAAUCUUCGCAACUUUGAUACUUUGGUUAAACAGAAUCACGAAUGGUCGUUCGUUGAAAGAAAAUAAUGAAGAACGAGGGAGAGAGAGAGACUUAGACUAUGACCUCCGUAUCGAUGUCUGGUCAAUCAUUAUUCAAGGUCAUGCGUAUCCUACAAACCGUUCCAUUUUUAUCGCAGUUAAUGUUAGAACAGAUUAGGCUUAGGUCGGAGACGAUUCUCUCUUCGGCGGGUGGAACUUACGUUUAAGAUAAAAUUAGGUUUAACUCGUACAUACCUACGUGCAUAACACAGAAACAACUGCAUCCGUUUGAGUUUCGAAAUCGAUCAAUUAUUGCUUACAUUCAUUUUAUUUUACAAAUAUUAUUUUACAUAUUACUUACAUUAUUACUCUUUCUUAUAAUACUACACAAUUCUUUGAUCGAACUAAGAAUAAGAUAGAUAUUUAAAUCUAAUAUUUAAAUCAUUUAAAUGAAAGAUAAAUUAUAAAAACAAAAAAGGGGUUGUUUUGAUCUUAUCAAUAAAAGAGAAUCGAUCGAUUUUGAAACUAAUCAGACGCACUUAUCAAAUCCCGUAAGAGAUCUUAUUUCGACAUUGAUUCAUGUUUUCAAAGUUCUCUCGUCGGAGUAAGAUCGAUACGUGGGUGUUUCUUAUUUUCAGUAAGAACAUGUCAAAGCUCACUUCUCGUUACUAGAUUUUAACGCUGUAUAAUUAUAUUUUUCUAAGUAUAACGAAUACUUUUUUAUAUCCUCGCUCACCGGUGAGCGAUCUCUUCUUGAUUUGAAAAAAAAAAGAAAAAAAAAA